AUCUACUAUUCUAACUCAUACUGGUGUGUAUACCCUGUCUUGGAUACCGCAGCAACAAACAACAACGUCAAUGAAAGUAUAAGAUGAAUGCUUUAGUUGCCCUUUGUCACUUCUGCGAACUCCAUGGUCCUCGGACCUUGUUUUGCACUGAGGCUGUCCAUCCACCCUCACCGUCACCACCACAGCCUGGUUUGGCUUUUCUUGGUGACAUGGACCGUGAAGGUGACCGAGAGGGAGAGGGUCUCACCAUGCGAGCCAACAGCUCUGCCACACAAAGAGCUGACAUGUGUGAGGGCUGCCGCUCACUGCCUGCUUCCCACCCCGGGUUUGUGAGCAUGGACACCGAGACAGGCAUUCGCUACCUUAGUCAUCAGCACCCACGUCAACCCCAGUUGUUCAGUGUAGUGCGUCAGGCAUGUGUACGCAGUCUCAGCUGUGAGGUGUGUCCGGGAAGGGAGGGGCCCAUCUUCUUUGGCGACGAGCAGCACGGCUUUGUUUUCUCCCACACGUUCUUCAUCAAAGACAGCCUGGCGCGCGGCUUCCAGCGCUGGUACAGCAUCGUCAUGGUUGCUAUGGACAGGAUCUACCUCAUCAACUCUUGGCCUUUCCUGCUGCGCCACCUCAAACUCACCAUCCAGAGCCUACAGAGCACAGCGCUCAAGGUGUUUGACAGCGAGCAGGGUGUGUGCCCUCAGAGGGCCGUUCGGAUGAACAGUGCUUUCUCUCCAGCAGUGUUCCCUCAUCAACGUAGUGGCAACGCAGCCCGAUCUCUGCCCUCUCUCACCCAGCACCCUAACCUGUGGGCCAGCCUGCACGCUUCCUUCAGCUGGUUGCUGAAGGCUUGUGGGAGCCGUUUGACCGAGAAGCUGCUAGAGGGAGCUCCUACAGAAGACACACUCGUUCUAAUUGAAAGACAAACAGAACAAGAGGAGGAGAUGAAUGCAGAGGGGGUUGUGUGUAAAGUCCAGUCAGAGAGCACACAGGCCAGAGGUUUUCUGUGUGGUGAGAUGGGAAAGGGCAAAGGACCCUCAUGGACAAAAUUCAGAUCCCUCAGGCAUUUAAGACAGGUACUUGGUUGUGCAGAUUUCCGGCAGUUGGCAUGGCAUGUUCUAAUGGGGAACCAAGUGAUCUGGAGAGGGCUGGACCAUGGUCUUAUCCAGUCAGCUUUUAAUGUGCUCAAGGCCUUGCUCCCAGUUGGUUGUGUCCGGGUGGUAGCUUACAGCUCACACUAUGAGGAAGCAUAUCGGUGCAAUUUCCUGGGUCUCAGCCCGGACGUCCAAAUCCCAGCCCACGUCACCUCUUCGGAGUUUACAGUAUUGGUAGAUGUUCUGAAUGUGGAACAGGGAGGUGUGUGUGAUGAUAACAUCCUUUCACUGUACCACUUCAACAUCAGUAGUGCAAAUACACAACCAACUGACAAAGGUCCAACACUGUUGAAUAAGAUUGAGGUGGCACUGGCCAAUGAGAAUCUGUCGGUGGAUGUGGUGUCUCAUUGCCUGCUCUGUCUAAAGGAAGAGUGGAUGAACAAAGUGAAGGUGCUGUUUAAGUUCUCCAAGGUGGAUGGGAGAGGUAGAGAGGACACUCAGAAGGUUCUGGCCCUGCUGGGAGCCACUGGCCCUGGGGAGGAGGAUAAUGUGCGGCUCCUAAAGUUCUGGAUGACUGGACUCAGCAAGACUUACAAGAGCCAUCUAAUGACAGCUGUCAGAGGAGGAGAGAGGACUCCAAGUCAGUGAGAGAGCUAGCAUGGAAACAAAAGCUUUGUUGCGAAUUGGAGACAGAAUGAAUGUGUGUGCAUGGGUUUAAGGACUUUUUGUUUUUCCCAUGAGACUACUGUGUGUGUGUGUGUGUGUG